GCCCAUCUUUCUCACCACUACCUAUUCCAACCUAGAAAGGGUCCAGCCGUGACACACUCUCUCCUCUCCAAAACACAUCAAGCAAAACCCUAUCUCUCUUACUCUUCUCCUUCUUCCUCAACCACCGUGCCACCAUACUCUGCUUCAGGAUACAAGGCCAAGCAGAUAGAAAAAGACUAAGAUUGUUUUAUUAGGAAAAAGGUCCUGAAAUUAAGCUUAAGAUUGAGAUCCGCUUAUGGUAAAGCGCUCAGAAAACCCUCGGGAGGUUUUUUUGGAACCACUCCUUCGUUUUCAAUGACGGUGGAGGAGUGAUUGAUUACGGUCAAGAUUAUAACUUUGUUAAUUUUUGAGUUACUGGUUUUUUUUUCACAUUUGAGAGAACAUGUCCAAGUCUUGCAAAGGGUUGGCCACGGAGCUAGCCAAAUGCCUCGGUGAAUCUGAUUGUGUCAAGGUUGAGAAGAGAUCGUACAGGGAGUGCGCUGGAGAGAAGGCUCCAUCAAUACCCAGUGAGUGUGUGGGACUCAGGGAAACCUAUUUCAAUUGCAAGAGAGGCCAGGUUGACAUGAGAGCUAGGAUCCGUGGGAACAAGGGCUAUUAAUGAUGCAUUGGAAAACUCUGUAGCUGUGCUGUCCUGUACUGAUGCUUUUCAUUUUUAGCUAAAGGUGAAGUGAAUCCAAGUGAAAAGAUGAGGGUGAAUCACAGAAAUGCAAGGCUUACAGUGCAUGAGUGCAGGGAUUUUAAAAUAUUUUAAGUGUUUUGUGAGCUGAGUGAGAGCAUGAUUCCACUCCUCCUUCCCUGUUUUUUUUCAGCCAAUAAAUAAGGUUUGUGGAGAAUUAAUUUUAUGUGGUGGAAGGUUUCAUUGGUGAUCAAA